AUGGAAAAGAUAUUAUUACCAACUUUAUUUCUUGCUUUCACGCUGUACGGUGAAGAGUGGAAGGAGCGGCGCGAGUUAGCCGUGCGUGAGCUGUUCUGCCUCAAAAAGGUUCACUCUUUUAGGCAUAUUCGAGAGGAAGAAUGUAACUUUCUAGUCAAGAAACUGUCGGAAUCCGCCGCGGAUGGGUCUCCCGUUGACUUAAGCAAAGCCCUUUUCUGGCUAACCGCGAGUAUCCUGUUUCGAGUUGCCUUCGGACAAAACUUCCACGAGAGCAAGUUUAUCGAUAAAGAGAAGAUCAAAGAGCUAGUGUUCGAAGCAGAGACUGCCCUAGGUAGUUUCACUUGCUCUGAUUUCUUCCCAGUUGCUGGACUUGGAUGGCUCGUUGACUGGCUUUCAGGACAACACAAGCGGCGCAAUGAUGUUUUCUUCAAGCUUGAUGAUCUGUUUCAACGUGUGAUCGAUGAUCAUUUGACUCCUUGAAGAUCAUAAGAUCACCAAGACAUCAUCGACUCUAUGUUGGAUAUGAUUCAUAAACAAGGCCAAAAUGGUUCCUUGAAUCUCACGGUAGAUCAUAUCAGAGGUGUCCUCCUGGUAAGUUAAGAUUUCUCCAUCUUCUUUAAACACAUUGGCAUGGAAACUGAAUAUAUAAUUCUAAAUACUAACUUAUUUAUCUUACUUAUUAGAAGAAAAAAAAGACUUAGUUUAUCUUGUUUGUUUGGUAGAAUAUAUUUCUUGAAGGGAUAGACACAGGGGCCAUAACCAUGAUAUGGGCAAUGACAGAGCUUGCUAGAAACCCUAAACUGAUGAAGAAAGUUCAAAGCGAGAUCCGAGACGCUCUUGGCAAUAAUAAGAAGACAAUCACUGAAGAAGAUAUCGAGAAAAUUCCUUAUUUAAAGAUGGUGAUCAAA